AUGGGCAGUAACCGCGUCACAGGCGUGCAUAUCUUGGCUGGUGUUGCAGAGGUCUGGAUCAUGGUCUGCAGGUCUUGUGGGUCCUCGGAGGUGGACGUGGACCAUGCCCGCGGCGUGUCGGUCUGCAUGGGCUGCGGCUCGGUCCUGGAGGACGGUCUCAUCGUGUCUGAGGUGGAGUUUGUGGAAGGAGGAGGCGGAGGUUCACUCGCCGUGGGGCAGUUUGUCUCAUCACAAGGCGGAUCCAGAAACCCCACGUUUGGAGACUCUCACCUCUCGAUGGGCCAGGAGUCCAGGGCUCAGACACUGCAGAAAGCGAAGGCCUUGAUCAGGACCAUGGGGCACCAGCUGCAGAUGAACCAGCACUGUCUGGACACGGCCUUCAAUUUCUACAGGAUGGCUCUGAACAAGAGGCUGACAAGCGGACGCAAGAGUGUGCACGUGGCAGCGGCCUGUCUCUACAUGGUCUGCAGGACCGAGGGGACCCCACACAUGCUGCUGGACCUCAGUGACCUGGUGCAGGUGAACGUAUACGUUUUGGGGAGAACCUUUCUGUCUUUGGCUCGAGAACUGUGCAUCAACGCCCCGGCGAUAGACUGA